UUUAAAAAAUGAAUCAUGAAAGAGCUGUAAGAUUGAGUUCAUCACUGUCAAGAAAUUAUUAUGGAGGCCGGCACUGUAGUGUAGAGGGUAAAAGCCACUGCCUGCAGUUCUGCCAUCCAAUAUGGGCACUGGUUCGACUUCCGGCUGCUCCACUUCUGAUCCAGCUCUUUGCUAUGGCCUGGGAAAGCAGUAGAAGAUGUCCCAAGUCCUUGGGCACCUGGCUUCAGAUUGGCUCAGGUCCUGCCGUUGUAGCCAUCUGGCGAGGAACUGGUGGAUGGAAGACCUCUCUCUCUUUUUCUCUCUGCCUCUGCCUCUAACUCUGCUUUUCAAAUAAACAAAUAAAUCUUUAAGUAUUGUAUUGCAUUAAAAUUUUUCUCUUUUAAUUCAAUUAUUCUAAGAACCUUAGAGUUACCCAUGUACUACACACAUAACUGGUUGAACUGAAAAUAAUAAAAUGUGCCGAUUGCCUGCUUGUGUGCUUCUGUUUACCAACACUGUUUUGUUUUCUCAUAGGAUUCAAGGAUAUAUUGGAAUGCAAAAUAUCACAUGUGUCUCAGAAUUCCAUCUCAUGGGAUUCUCAGAGGAUCCAGAACUGCAGCCCUUCCUCUUUGUGCUGUUUCUGUCAAUGUACUUGAUCACAGUGAUCGGGAACCUGCUCAUCAUCUUGGUCAUCAUCUCAGACUCCCACCUGCAUACCCCCAUGUAUUUUUUCCUCUGCAACCUGUCCUUGGCUGAUGUGGGUUUCACCUCCACCACGGUUCCCAAGAUGAUUGUGGACAUCCACACUCACAGCACAGUCAUCUCCUAUAUGGGCUGCCUGACACAGAUGUCUCUCUUUCUCAUCUGUGGAUGCAUGGAUGAUUUGAUUCUGACUGUGAUGGCCUAUGACCGGUUUGUUGCCAUCUGUCACCCCCUGCAUUACCAGGCCAUCAUGAAUCCCAGCUGCUGUGGCUUCUUAGUUUUGACAUCCUUUAUGGCCAGCCUUUUGGAUUCCCUGCUGCACAGUUUGAUGGUCUUGAAAGUUACCUGCUUCAUGGAUGUUGAAAUUUCUAAUUUUGUCUGUGACCCUUCUCAGCUUCUCAGUCUUGCCUGCUCUGACUCCUUCACCAAUGACAUAGUCAGGUAUCUUGUUGGCAUCAUAUAUGGUUUUUUCCCUAUCUCAGGGAUCCUCUUCUCUUACUAUAAAAUCAUUUCUUCCAUUCUGAGAGUCCCAUCACCAGGUGGGAGGUACAGAGCCUUCUCCACCUGUGGCUCUCACCUGUCGGUCGUUUGCUUAUUUUAUGGAACAGCCAUUGGGGUCUAUCUCAGUUCAGCUGUUGCAGUGUCUCCUGGAAAGGGUGCCUUGGCCUCAGUGGUGUACACUGUGGUCACCCCCAUGCUCAACCCCUUUAUCUACAGCCUGAGGAACAGGGACAUGAAGAGGGCCAUGUGGAGGUUCCUCAGGAAAACAGGCUCAUCUCAGUCCCUGCGCCAUGCGUCUGGACUCUUGGUGGGAGCUGCAGCAAAAUGAAGCUCUCGACCUAUAAAUCUCACUUUUCUACAUACAUAAUGUGUGAGGCUGGUGCUCUCCAGAUUUUGUGUCUGGUUAUUUUUUCUUUUGGUCCUUUUAAUGAGGCAUAUUAUAGAUUUUUUAUAUAUUUUUCAUACAUAACCAGAGACUGGGAGGAAUGAAGUGAUAAAAGGCUUUUGGAGAAAAACUAAGAGAAGCUGUGUGUGUGGAUCCAUUAUGGUGACUAAGACAUUAAUGAACUAUUAAUACAGGAAAUGAUGAGCUGAGGGGUGUAGGGGAAUUCUUCGUAUGACUACCUCACAAUCUAUGUUGCAUAAAUUUAAACCUAUUCUGAAAUAAAAUGUUAAAAAUAUACAACUGUCAAUAAAACUUAUUUGAAAAGUUAAAAAAGCCACUGAUUCUUCUUGAUACCUGCUGAAC